CAUUCGUGCCGGCGUCUCGAAAAACACUGGAGCGGUCGCGUAUAUAAGGCCCGCUCCACUCGAAAUGGAAUCAGUCCUCGAUAUGUUGCGUCCAUUACAUUUCGUAUUUCUUUUUGUGGCGUUCGCUUUUCUCGCGCUUUCCGCUGCGGUGGAAAUUGAGGGAAGUCCGCAGACUGUCCAGAAUGAAGCUGAACCACCACAGCAGUAUGGAAAAACAAAUGAUUUAGAAACAGAUGCCACGUUCUGGGGCGGAUAUGGCCGAGGAUAUGGUGGCUGGGGAGGAUAUGGCAGAGGAUAUGGAGGAUAUGGAGGAUAUGGAGGUUGGGGAGGAGGCUGGGGUGGCAGAGGAUACUAUGGCGGCUGGGGUGGUCGAGGAUACUAUGGCGGUUGGGGUGGAAGAGGCUACGGUGGUUGGGGAGGAUACUGGGGUUGAUAUGACUCUCCCUCUUCCCCCGAUGUUACUCCAUUAUAUCUUAUCUCCUCUUUUGGCGAUAUUAAUAUUCGAUUUGUUUAAAAUAAAUGAAGCUUUCUGCAAGCUUCAUUAGUUUUAUAAUCUCAUUGAAAUCUCCAUUGAAGUGUAAGAAAUGAAAUAAAAGAAAAUAUA